AUGGGGGCCAGUAAAUUUGGGCAGAAACAGUUAGAUUUUAAAAGUAAACAGAUACCAAAUGAAGUGGAUAGUUUUUUCACCAAAAAACAACUGGAAGAAAUGUCGGACUAUGAAAAGAAUAGGUACAAAAACCUGAGAGAGAACUAUGAGAUGAUGGUUCUGAUGGGUCUACCUGUGAAAAAGCCAGGUUUUAUGACUGCUAAAUGGAAGAGAAAAAAAUCAGUAGAAGAUUCAGAAUCAGAAAAAGAGAGUGACGAAGAAUGGACUCCAAAUAAAUCUUCUAAAAAGAAAGCUAAAAACUGUAAAUUAGUGCCAAGGUUUCAUGUUCCGUUUAAAACAACCUCUUCUACUGCUACUUCUACUGUACCAAUAAAAACAGAAGUCAAGAUGCCACGAAAACGCCGUAUUAUUUCAUGCAAUGUGAACAUACCUACUGACUCGGGUAAAAAAGUGAAGAAAGAUGUAAAGAGUAAACCUGAGCCACGAUAUCCAUUGAGGAAAAGAGACACUUGUAAUUAUAUGAAUAUUGAGGUUCCUGAUGAUGACGAAUUUCUUUAUUGUGAAGAAUGUAAUAUGGAGUAUGGUGGAGAUUGUCCAGUUCACGGAUCGUAUAAUAUCAUAGAAAACAAACAGGUCGAGGAAAGUGUAAGUCAGAAAGAUAAAAAUAGAUGCUACCUGACAGCACCGGAUUGUAUUGAAAUUAAAGAAUCAAGUAUACCAAACGCUGGGCUCGGAACGUUUGCAUCUAUAACCAUUCCAAAUAGAAGUAGAUUUGGUCCAUACGGUGGAGAUAUCAUAAAAGACACAGAAACGGCUCAUAAUUCUGGUUAUUGUUGGCAGAUUUAUCAAGAAGGCAAACAUCACCAUUUUGUGGAUGCCAAGAAUCCAGCAACAUCAAAUUGGAUGAGAUUUGUAAACUGUGCUAGAACUGAAUCGGAACAGAAUGUUACUGCCUAUCAAUAUUGUGGUGAAAUUUAUUACAGAACUUUCAAAGAAAUUCCACCAGGUUCUGAAAUUUUAGUUUGGUAUGGUAAUGAAUAUGGCGCAGAUUUAGGAAUAAAUCGACCUCUCUGGUCAAAAUCAACAUUUGUAGCCUAUCAUGAAAAUAUGAAAAAGGGAAAUAAAUUUUCAACGUUUCCAUGGAGAUUGAAUGGUGCUAAACCAGCUAUCGAAGAUGUGUAUCCAUGUUCAUUUUGUCAGAUGUCAUUAGCAGUGCCAAAUUUACUGUUAAAACAUUUAUAUUCGAGACAUUAUGAUACCAUCAACAUUAAAAAACUUCGAACAUUACUCAAUGGAGAUCUUAAAUCAAUUCAUCAUCUUUCAAAGAUACAAAGUCAACAGGUUCUGGAGCUAAUUCAAAAUGACGAUGAUUUGGACUCGAAAAUUUCAUUAAAUAUCUGUAAAGAGAAUAUUUUACCCUUGCCCACAAAACACACUGGAGAAAAACCCUAUAAAUGUAAUGUUUGUAGUUUUAGUUGUAAUCAGGCUUGUAAUCUACAGACUCACAUGAGAACUCAUACUGGAGAGAAACCCUAUAAAUGUGAUGUUUGCAGUUAUAGUUGUAAA